AUGCCUCUCGACAUUCAUACCCCCGAGGAAUUUCAUGCUGCUAUAGGGGAAAAGCAGCUGACUGUUGUUCAGUUCUCGGCGCCGUGGUGCGGUGGGUGCAAGAUGGUAGCGCCAAAAGUAAAUAAACUCAUGGAGUCGGACUUUGGUCAUGUCAAGUUUCUUAAAGUAAGCGCAGAGGAGCUCGAGGAUUUUUGUGAAUCGAUUAAUGUCGACAGCUUUCCGACGUUCCGCGUAUAUAAAGACGGAGAGGUGGCAGCUUCAUAUGUGAGCUCUAAAUUUGAAAAGGUUGAGCAAUUUAUCCGGGAGAAUGCGCAGUGA